AUGUUUAGGAUUAUUUACAACCGCGGAAAUUUCAUAAUUCCGCGAAACCAAACCUCACAGCUCUCAUCGAUACGUCGUCGUUUUGACAUUGUCGGUUCCAUUGUCCAAUAGAAACCUUGAUUCUGAAUCAUUUUCAUUCUCUUCACCUUCAAUUUCGUUUUUGAGAAAUUCACCAACGAACCUCACUCUCCUCUGUUGCUUCAUAUGGCUUCAAGUUCAGAUUUUGCUUUAACAGUUCCUUCUGAGCUGGAAUCAAUUUUGAGGUUGAAAACUGUUAACUACUUUGUUACAAGGAGGCCAUGGCUCGAUCUUUAUGGAGUUAAUGUGAGGCCUGUUGCGCCGUUUGGAAGUACAAGUAGAAAGCCUUAUGUGGAUUCUUCUCUUCUACAUCGUUGCUUACCGGAUGAGCUUCUGUUUGAGGUCUUUGCUCGAAUGACUCCAUAUGAUAUGGGAAAAGCAUCCUGUGUUUGUCGAAAAUGGCGGUAUACAAUUCGUAAUCCUGUAUUUUGGCGCAAUGCAUGCUUGAAGGGUUGGCAGCUCUCUGGAGCAGUUGAAAACUAUAAGAUACUUCAAUCAAAAUACGAUGGCUCAUGGCGGAAAAUGUGGCUUUUACGUCCAAGGUUGCGAACUGAUGGUCUUUAUGCUAGUAGAAAUACUUACAUUCGGGUUGGAGUUGCAGAAUGGAAAGUCACUAAUCCAGUUCACGUGGUCUGUUAUUUCCGGUAUCUGAGAUUUUUUCCUUCUGGGAAAUUUCUUUACAAGAAUUCUUCUCAAAAGAUCAAGGAUGUGGUGAAGUGCAUGAACUUUCGGUCAUACAAAGCAGACUCUGUCUUUGGUGGACACUACACAUUGACAGAUGACAAGGUUGAAGCUGCUGUCUUGUAUCCAGGCACACGACCUACUGUUUUGAGGAUACGCAUGAGGUUAAGGGGAACAACUACAGGGGCUAACAAUAGGAUGGAUUUGAUCUCACUUGUCACUAGUGGUGUGGACAAUAACGAGGCAAGUGCAUAUGAGGAGGACAUUCUUGGAGUUGUUGAAGGAUGGCAGGAUGAUGAAACCCACAACCCAGAUGUGCCAGCUGUCUCUCAUAAGAGGGGAAUGACUCCCUUUGUCUUUGUUCCAUUUGAAGAGGUGGAAACAUCUGUUCUGAAUUUGCCCGUGGAGAAGAUGGAUUAUUAUGUUCCUGGUUGAAUGAUGCCCUGGCCAAGAAUAUAUCUCUUCAAUUGUAAAUAUUCCAUAACUUCCAAUAUAAGGUUAAUAAUUUGUGUAAGUAGUAAGUACAUGCAUGUGUGAAAAAGUGGCAACGUGAUUGAUUCUCUAGUUCAUGUUGUCGAAUUUAUCUUUUGUUUUGUUUUGCUUUGCUUUGCUUUGUGCACCCAGGUAACUAUAAUAAUGGUUUGUACAUAAUGGGAAGAAUUGUUAUAUUGUAAUUUGUGUAACAUAUAAACCAUGUGUUCUGCUGUCAA